AUGCAAAUGGUGGUUCUUGCAUCAGCUUCAUUUCAACGUGAAGUAUCUCAAUUGGGAAGGGUUGAAAGGGAAAUUGGUGUAGCUGAAGAGAGCAACAAUUCUAACUUUGAUGCAAAAAUAGAUGAUCGGCCUAUCCCAGACGCUAGUGAACAAUCAGAGACUGAUGACUAUGAAGGAUUUAUUGGUCUGGGAUUCAUGCCACAAGUUAGUUUUUCUGCUAUUCCUCAAAAUGUUAUCUACCCUGAAUCAUAUUUUGAGGGGGAGAUUCCUCAGGGAACUAAUAGUGACACUGAGUCUGAUAAUGAUCAAGUCAAUCAUCAAAAGAGGAAGGCUUCUUUAUCAAAGGGAGGGAGGGCUCAUGACGUUGAAACUGGAACUUCUGCUGCUGGUGAUCGUUUCGCCUCUCCUCCUUCGAAGAAAACCAAACUUAUUGUUUAUCUAAAUGUUCUAGCUGGAGUAUGGGAUAUAAUUGUUGAUGAAGUGAGAGAAAUCAUGAUUGAAAAUAAUGUUGCUAUUCGAGAAAGAAAAGAAACUAAAAAAGGAAAAUGUCUAUCUACUAAACUUGCUCAAGCUCUUGCUUCUGCUGAUGAAAGUGUUGAUGUUCAAAGCACUAAUGAUCAAGUCAAGAAAAUUCAACUAUUCAAUGAUAGCGUGGGCUUAAACUACCAUUUAGUGGGAUAG